AUGUAUUACAAUUUACCGUUGUUUUAUUGUAAUGUUAAAAUCUGGAGAUAUAUCGGAUUUAUUGAAUACGAAAAUGUAUAUCGCAUCAUACCAAUAAUGAUUAUUGUACUCUUGACAAUAAUCUGUGAAUUCCUUCAUUGUUUCGUAGUUCGGCAAGAUUUGGGUUUUUUAAUUCUGAGUCUAUUUAUGGUGGCGAUUUUAUUAAAUUCAUUUAUACGAAUUGUGAUUGUAAUGAAAAAUCAUAAGAAAUUUAUUAAAUUUAUGAAAGUUAUUGAAAGUUGGUACAAAGAAGCUGAGUUAACUAAUGACAUUGCCGCUUGGUCUAUACUAAAAAAACUGCCAAAACAAACAGAAGUUAUUUCUAAAUUCGGUUUAAUUUUUGGUUCUUUUGGAGGCGUGGUCACUGCAAUAACUCCCCUUUUACUUAGUCACCGUUCCCAUCCUUAUAGUGUUUAUAUAAUCGGUUUGGAUGCAUUAAAGAGUCCUUUAUAUGAAAUUAUAUAUUUUGUUCAAAUGUUCGUUUUAAUGCCGUUUAUAAUUUGUACUUAUAUUCCAUUUACGAAUCUGUUCAUAACUUGGCUUAUAUUUGGCAUACAUAUUUUACAAGUUUUGCGCAAAAAAUUUGAACAGCUGCCGGGUGGCAACGAUCCAGAUCAAUUGAGAAGUUUGAAAGCAUUAAUAAAAUAUCAUAAGAGGAUUAUAAGAUAUGGCGAAAGUUUGGAAGAUUUAGUUUCACACGUUUGUUUUGUCGAAUUGCUGCUAUUUACUACAAUGUUAUCCAUUUUACUGAUAUGCCUUCUAUUGGUUGAUGAUAUAAUGUUCCAAGUAGCGACCGUGGUUUAUAUCAUUUGCAUUCUAUAUGUCCUAUUUUUAUCAUACUGGCAUGCUAAUGAAUAUUCAUCGGAGAGUGUAAAAAUUGCCGAUGCUGUUUAUAGCAUUGAUUGGACUAAUUCAAGUAUCGAAGUGCGAAAAUGUGUUUUAAUAUUGUUAAUGCGCUGUCAAACGUCAUUAAAGAUCUCAGCUGGCGGUAUGUAUCCCAUGACAUUGGAGGCAUUUCAGGUACUUUUAAAUGCCGCAUACACCUAUUUCAAUAUGGCUCGUGGUUUUAUGGCAAAAUAAUGUAUAUUUUAAAGGUAUUCAGUUGACUGCAACAUUUUUAUGCCAUGGAGAUGAUCACGUAUACAAACAAUUUUAAUUUUAUUAAUUUUUUUCUCUCAUAUCAAAUCAUUAAUUAUAUUUUUGCCCCUUGGCAAUAUGUUCUAUGAAUUCCUAGACUUUUUAUAUUGUUAUAAAACUAUUGAGUCAUUAGACGUUCACAAAUUCAUACAAUAGCAAAUACAACCGUAAUAUAAAUUUAGAUACAAUAUAAUAUGUAUACAUUAUAGUAGAUUUUUUUAACUUACCCGCUCGUCACAUGAGUGCCACGGUUAAAAACACGCCCCCAUGCAGUAGAACCAAUGUGAAUUCUAUGGUAUAUUUGACGUAACAUGUUUUUAAUUUAGUGAAAUAUAUAUUUUUUUGCAGAAAUCUAAAAAAAUAAACAAAAAUAGGAAAACAUCUUAGAAACGUAAGCAAAAACACAGAUACAUAUAGU